UGUCAAACCCCAACACCCACCAAACAAAUCUCCACCAAUCCACCGGUCUCCAUAUCUCACACAACACUCCGCUCACUCUGCCUGCUCUGAGCUAUGAGCCAGUCCCACUCUACAGCUGGCGGCGUCUCGCCUCCGAUGAACGCCGCUGUCCACCGUGCAGCGGGUCAACAAGGCCUUACUCGCUACGGCUCGGCCCCGGGUUCGCUCCUCGCGAGGGCCGCCGACUCUGUCAUCGCCGGCGCCGGAGAUGGGGGAUUCCGUACGACGAUCGGAUCGGACGGUCAGAUGAGCAGAUUCUUUCCUCGAGACUCUCCAUGUCUUGCAUCGAAUUCCCGCUUCCAGGCAGCCGCUUCCGUAGGCGUGGCCUCAGACGAGGUCGAGAUCCAGCGAAGUGGAGGUGGCGGGAGCUCGGCGAGCGUUGGACUUCAGCAGCCGUUUGACCUAGGUGUCGAUAGUCCUGUGAGGGAUAUGGCUUCGGCGGCUGCGGUUGCGGGGGAAGCUAGGGCUGGGGGAUCCCAUCUUACGAGGCAGCAUAGCUCCCCCGCCGGAUUCUUUUCCCAUCUCAUGGUCGAUUCUGCAGGUUUUGCUGCUUCAAGAGGAACAAGAAGUUACUUCCAACCAGCCAAUGAGAGCACCAAUGCUCUGACAGGUAGAAGGCUGAAGUCUCAAUUAAGCUUUUCAAGGCAAGAUGCUGUGUCUCAGAUCUCUGAAAUCAGCAUCCCAGAGAUGGGAGAGAGCUCCGAUGAGGCUGGUGGCAAUGCUGGUCAAUCUUACGUGCCUAGCAAUUAUCCUAUCAGCUCAUGGGAUGAGACCAACUCCAUAGUUUUCAGUACUUCAAAUAAGCAUUCUAGAGAUAAUGGAGAUAUUAUUAGUUCUCUCAACAACAUUGACUCCCAAUAUGGCCUUCCUGGGACAUCAGUGGAUAUGUCUGUUGUUGAUAAGCUCCUUCAAAUUCAGCAAGAUUCGGCCCCUUUCAAAAUUCGAGCAAAGCGCGGUUGUGCUACGCAUCCUAGGAGUAUAGCUGAAAGGGAGAGGAGAACUAGAAUUAGUGAGAAAUUGAGGAAGUUGCAAGAAAUUGUGCCCAACAUGGAUAAGCAAACAAGCACAGCUGACAUGUUGGAUUUGGCCGUUCAACACAUCAAAGGGCUGCAGAGCCAGAUUCAGAUUCUUAAGCAAGAGCAAACAAGUUGCACAUGUGUAAGCAAUGAUGAGGACUCGUUAGUUUAGGAACCUUCAGAUUCUCUUCUCCAAUAAAUGUUUCAUGGUCCCUUAACUUUUAAAAGGGUCACCUGUUCUAUUAUAGUUCGUCUUGUCACAGUUCCUGGAGCAUCAAAUCCGAGCGAACUCUGUAAGUUUGUAUAAUGAAAUUAGGUCUGCUAUCUUUAAAUGUAUGAUGUAAUUUUGGAAUUUAGCCAAAUCUGACCUUUGAUUGAUUUGCGUUAUAACUGGUCUUUCAGUCAAGGCUUUGCAUUGCAAGUCUGUCAUAGACUCACAAUCCAGAACUUUAUUGAUUAGUGAUUAGCUGUUCAA